GCCGCAGCCUGCAGAGACCCGGAUGAAAACAGAAACUUACUGUAGAUACAACUUCUCCAGCUUCAUAUUUCCAGGUGAAAUAUAUUAUAUUAAGAAAUAUGUCACUAGAUAUGGAUGAUUCCGUUGUUUCUGAAAGUCCACAAGAUGAAGCAGAGAUGGUGUCAUAUUUAGAAGAGGAAAACCUCCCAGAUUACCUCUGGACUCAAGAGGAGCACAUUAAAGAUGAUGACUAUACUUUUGGAGACACAAUGGAAAGAAAUCGCCUAGAAGAUGCCGCUGCUGAAAUAAGUGACAGCUUUGAUUCUGAAUCUAACUGGUCCAGUGAACAGUUUACUGAUCGGGAUGAGAUGAUGAAUCGACGCGUCGAUAAUGUUCAGGCCUUCAGACUACGGAAAAAGCUAAACCAGCUGGACAUUUUUCAACAGGAAAAAGAACUAAUGAUUCAGAAAGUCAGGGAAGAACUGAAGUCAUGUCAGGAAAGAAUCGAGGCUCUGGAACAACAAAAGUCUAGUGUGGAGAUGGAUAUUCAGAGCGAACAGAAGACUCAUAACAUGGCGGCGGUUUUCCGUCUGAGAGCUCUGCAUAAACGACUGAGCAGCGAGCUGUUCAAUGAGGAAGACGUGAAGACAAAGAUUGCCGGCAUCCUGACGGAUAACGAGUAUGAUCUCUGGCACAUUGAAGUGGAACAAGGAAAAUUUACCAGUCUUCGUGAGAGGCUUGAACAAGAUGAAGAAGUCUUAGAGAGAGAGCGCAAAGACUUGGCGGAGCAGCGAGCUCUGAGGGAGAAAAUGUCACUUACUCUGGCAGAGCGUAAAAAACAGACCGAAAAAGAGCAAGAGAUUAAGCAGUUAAAGGAACGGGAACAGCAAUAUCGUAAAGCUGUGGAGGAGGCUCAGAAGAAUCAUGAAAAAGCUGUUCAGUUUCUCAAGGAAACUAUGGCACGGGUUCAUGUGAUUGAGGCUGAAAAAGAGCGGAAAAGCAGAGAAGACAUGGAGAAGAGGAUGCAAGCUGUACUCUCUCUGAAGAACAACAUCUCUUCAAACCGGGAAAACCUGCGUGUGGCUGAGUCUAGGAACAAAGCGCAGGCUGUGCUGGCUAAAAGACAAGAGACGCUGGAGAAAGAAGCUGUGCUAGCCAAAGGAGGAGAUGUUACAAAGUUUAUCGUGCACAAGAAGAGGCUUCAAGAGUAUGAAAGGAGAAAAAAAGAGUUUGAAGAGUCACAGAAAAUAAGGAAGCAAGAAAUUGUAAGUCGGAUCUUACAAGAGGAAUCCAGCCAAGGAAAACAAAAAAGACAAGCCUCUUUAGUAAUGAACAAGAUCCAGGAGCAUGGCAGACUGCGAGCCAAAGCAUUGCAGUAUAUCCAGUCAGCCAUAGUGACAGAGCCAGCGGACGACCAGGAGCUGACGCAUAAGUGGCGUUCCCCCUCCCCUCCAUCAUCUGAUGAAGAGGACAGAUCCCUAGCCGCGCGUCCUCCUUAUCUGUCACCAAGAUUUUCAUAUGAAUCUGAAGAAGAAAGUGAAAACUUGGUUCAACCAGAGUUCAGAGGAUUAUGGAAUGAAGACCCAAAACCCUAUAAGGUACCAAACGAUGACAUAGGCACCAAGCCUCUAGGGGGCAGUAAAAUGGAAAAAGAAAUUAUGACUGAAACCCUAAGGAAGCUUCAGAAUGGCAUUGUCGAAAAGCAGGUGGUCUCUGGACAUGAGUUUAAAGGCUGUCCAUUUUAUAGCAAACCAAAGAUGAUCCAUUUCAAGGACCUUGAUGUGGGUAAGACAUAUAGGAAAAAAAUCACUCUGACAAAUGCAUCCUAUACGAUUAAUUUCUGCAAACUAGUGGGAGUGAGUGAUCAUCUGAAGGAUUUCAUCACCAUCCAGUUUGACCCUCCUGGACAGAUGUCUGCUGGAAUGUCAUGUGAAAUGAUUGUAAUAUUUAAACCGAUGAUUAAUGAAGAUCUUGACGGAGAAGUGAUGAUGCUGGCUCAGACUGGUCCCUUUUCUGUUCCUGUUAAGUGCACAACUAAGAAGUGUGAGAUGGCCAUAGAUAAGAAAUGUAUAGAUUUUGGCAUGCAUGUUAUCGGAGAGACAGUGACCCAGUACAUCACACUGACAAACAGAGGAGCUCUUGGGACAAGGUUUUCUGUAAAGCAGAUCACACAAGCUAAUGAUGUACAGAAGACACCUCCAGAUGUUUCCUCUGAAGACAGGAUGCCUACAGCUUCAGCUGGCAACAUUUCCCCAGAUGGAGAUGUUCAGUUCUCUCCAGAACUGUCUGAUCUUAGCACUGAGAGCCCAAAGUCGGCCCAAGAAGACAUAGUGUGUGAAAGAACCAGUCCUGAGAGAGCGGGUGCCAAGAGCCCAAAGGGCCAUACACGUUCUACAAUAGAAAGUGUUAGUCAAGAACCUCCUCAAGAUUUACUGGAAACUUCUCUAGAGGUAGCUGCCGAUAUUAAACUGGGCGAGGGGACAGAUGGAGAUUUAGGACCUUUUUCCUCUGUUAGCAUACCAGUCAUGUUUACUCCGACCUUUCCAGAAAAAUCAAGCUCAUUGUUUGAGAUUACCUUCGAAAACCAAAACUGUAAAACUAUUCCUGUGACAGCCCUAGGGUCGGCAAUUGAUGUUCCCGUGUAUGUUCCAAAUUCUAAUAUUGACCUGAAGAUCUGCAUGUAUGACCGUCUCUAUCAGGACAGCAUUGUCAUUAAAAACAGAGCAACGACAGCCCUUCGUUUAAAGUUUGAGGUCUGCAAAGAACUAAGGAACCACAUGGAGUUGCUUCCAAAGACUGGCUUCAUCCAAGCUCAGUCUUCUUUCAGUGUUCAGCUCAAGUUUUUACCAAGGCACUCGCUCUCGCAGGAUGCCCAUGCCUAUUUUGAUAAAGAAACUGGAGUAUUGGAGGCUCCGUUAACAAUAUCGGUAGUUGAUCAGACUCGACCUGUUUCCUUCACUGUUCAUGCGGUGGUGACCACAUCUGAUUUGGAAAUCAGUCCAAAAGAAGUGAAUUUUGGUCACUGUACCAUCUAUGAAGCAGUUCAGGCUUCCAUUCAACUUUCAAACAAGUCCAUUCUGCCCCAAGAAUUUGGUUUUAUGGGAAUUCCAGAGUAUGUAGAUAUUCAGCCAAAUGACGGCUUUGGAACAAUUCUUCCCUUGGAAACAAUUACACUGGAUGUAAUACUGAAGGCGCCGAAAGCUGGAGAAUAUCAUUUUGACCUCACUUGCAAAUCGGCCAUUAAUAGACCAUUCAAGAUCUCUUGUAAAGCCAUUGGUGUCCAUCCACCUCUGGAGCUAUCGCAUUCCUGGGUUCAAUUCCCCGCCACAGCUUUAAAUGACACCUCCACUGCAACCAUAUAUGUUGUCAAUUCACAUACAAGUUCUAAUGAGUUCACGCAUCCCGUACCAAGGAUUGGCAAGGGCGAGAUUGCACCAGUUGGGCCUACUUCUUUUCAGUUCCAGUUGCCUGAAGAUUCUCCCAUCACCAUAUCACCAUCAGUUGGAACAGUUUUUCCUGGAAAGAGGUGCAUGAUCCAGGUAUCCUUUAAACCAAUUCUUCUGGAUCAGGAAAUUAGGGCAGAAGCUGUGCGGAUGGUUCGUCGAGCAUUCGAAACAAAGGCGCUUCUAGACAAGCCAGCAGAGCCAGCAGUGGAAAGUGAAAACUUGAGCAAGAAGGAGAGACGAGACGUUUCCUCAAAGAAAGAUAAGAGAAAACAACUGGCCUCUCCUAAGCAGGUUCAAAAGGAGAAGUCAGUGAAGUCAGCAGAUUGUGCCCGGAUGGAGUUACCCAAGAUAGAAGAUAUCAAAGUGGACUCUGACGAAUAUGCAGCUGCCAGAGUCUCCAUCUACCAAAGGUUUAUGGGAAAGUUUGAGAAGUAUAUAAUACCAUGCUUCAUUGCCGGCUGUGAUGUCAGCAAAAGGAAAGCUGAAGAAAGUCUAAAUUUCAGCGCACACAAUACCCUGUAUCUUGAGCUUCACUGUCCUGCGAUAGCGCCACCUUUAAUUGUCAGUUCUGAAAAUGGACGCCAUCUCAUUAGCUUUGGAGAGGUCGCAAUAGGUCAACGGGUAGUAAAGAGAGUAACAUUACAAAACAUUUCCUCUGAGCCUGUGGAACCUCGUUUCUCUAUUUUAAAUCCCUGUGGUCCUUUUGUGUUGCUCAAUCCUGUUGGCAUUGUGGAACCUGGAGCGAAGUGCCGCCUUCUGAUUGCCUUUUCACCUGAGGAUGACAAAACUUUCUUUGAAAAUCUGGAGGUGCGCACUCAGCAAGCAAUUCUUACAUUGGGAAUUAAGGGCCGUGGCUUAGCCCCCUUCCUGUCCUGUUCACUGGAGGCAGGAGUGCUAAACAUGGGAUAUGUUUUAGUUAAAGAUAGCGCUACAUCAACAUUUAAGUUACACAACACAUCCGCAGUGCCUGUGAAUUACUGCAUCAAACUGGGGAGUCUGUCAGUGACCCAGUAUGAGGAAAUGCAAAAACUUCCAACUUUCAUUACUUCGCGGAAAUCGGCAGCCAGUUUUGUCGGCCCUCAGAAUUACAAUGGACGUAGCGUUUUCAGUGUGACUCCUGUAGAGGGCAUCAUCCAACCUGAGAAAACACAAGACUUCACAGUGGCUUUCAUGCCAGACCACGAGAGCGCACUGUACUCCGAUAUCCUCACGGUGGAGCUCUUCGGCAAGCAUAUAGCACACACCAUCGACCUGAAGGGAGUAGCCAGAAAUCACAUUAUGUUUGUUGAAGGUGGCGAUCCCAUAGAUGUUCCCACUGACUCUCUCAGCAUAGUCCCAGUAAAUGACGAAGAAUCAGCCGAAACUGUGAGUUCACUUCUUGUAACCCUUGAAUAUACCCAGACGGAGGAUGAGUUGAGACCGGCUGUCAGGGAGCUGUAUAUCGGCUGCAUACGUACAUUAUCAUCUUCCACCAAAAAGAAUGUGGAAUUCGUCUGGGACAAUGUGCAGCUCUUACAACAGAAGGGAUUCACCAUAGAACCAGUGAAAGCUGUGGUUGAUGCUGGACAGCGGAAAACUGUUUCUAUUACUUGGAUACCCCCUGCUGGAUAUGAUCCCAGUAAUCCUGCCACAAUGACCACAGCAAAACUGACGUUGAAAGGUGAUAUAACUGUGACGUACCAGGUUAUCUUCACAACACAAGUCGUGUCAUUAUGAAACUAGGAAACUCGAGCGCUAAGUCAUUUUUAUCUGUGGCACUUGAACUUCUGUUUAUUAAUGGAAACUUGUGUGUAACAUUACACCUGGAAAAAUAAAGCACCGUUUGUUUAAGCAAUAGAA